AGAGAGCAUACGAAUAACUUCUCGUAAAACCACACAUACACAAUGGAUGUUCUACGACGAAUAAUGCCGCGGAAAAUGAAGCGGGACCAAUAUUCGUUCGAGUUGCUCAAGAGCAGCUCCAAUAUUGAACUGUCGACGGGAGCCGUCGGGCCGGGAACACCGUUGCCCAGAAAUUUUUCGCAUUAUGACAGUAUUCGGAUUGCUCCGACGACACAGUCAGCGGUUAGAAAGCCGGAGGUGGUGAAGAAGUCAGAGGAGGUCAUUGAUGUGUCGGAGGGCGAGAUGAGCGAAGUCUCAUCACUUAUUGGAUUCGUCGGCGGACCCAGGGAUCCCGGUUGCAGUUAUGGAUUUGCGCAGGAAGAUCCGGCUUACGAGAAGGCAGUCAGCGAGUGCCACGUCAUACAGGAGAAGAAGGAUUUUGCGGAGGCAGUUUUGCUUAAAUGUAUUGAUAAUAAACCCCUCUUCCCGUACAUGCAUUUUGCACAAUUUCGAAAUGUGGACUACACGCAUCGAGUUAAGCAGAUUUCCGAUUUGGCGAGAGAAUGCUCGCCCACACACGGCAGUCUUUAUGGAUGUUACGACGAAGUCUACUCGAUUCAAAAAACGGCAAGCGUCGGCGAAUACCGUCUGCCUGCUCAUCGUCAUUCCGGGUAUAUUGUUAUUGGGUUCAAGCUGCUGGAGGAUGCUGGAAAACAGGGGAAUCUGGAGAAAACAUGGUUGCAGUGGAGUGGAGCUCGCGAAAUUUACAAGCAUUCACCGAGGUCGUGGAAUUUGAGAAGGAUCUCGUUGAUGAGGUGUCCAACGCAUCACAAAAACGGAGUGGCUCAGCGACCAUUUGCCUAUAUCCUUAUGUGUGAGUACGGUAGCAUUCUGCACCCUUCAAAUACAAUUCAAGCACUGGAUAUUUGCGAGAGGCUGAGAGUUCGGAAUUGUGGACAUAUUGCGUUGUACCAGGUCCACUCCGCUUACACGUCGCCUGGACCUCGUACCUCUGCUCACAACUCACCAUCCCGCCAGGCGAGCGCAUUCGCCCAAUCAGCUGCAACAAAACGUGCUCAGAUGCUCCGCGGCUUUUCACAAGACGUCGAGCCCCAGCCAAUCCAAGAAUCCUCAACAUUACGCCGGAAUCGAAUGCUGCGGACCCGCGAAAGAUCAUUCCAGUACCCUGAUGAGUAUUAUCAUGCCUAUCAGCCCCAUCAAUUUGACACUCAGGAGCAGUAUUAGAAUUGUUUCAUGUUUUUUUUUCGUCUUGCUCCAAUUCCCCCACAUUUCCCUACCAUUCAUUUCCCGUGUUUCAAUUUCCAUAUUUUUGUCCGUCAAAACUUCAAUACAUUUUUUUGUUCCCCGAGGUGGUUCCGGGUGAUUAUUUUGUUCUAGUCGUCAAUUAUUUUAGUGUCAUCCCAUGAAAACUCUGAUUUUUUUUCGUUUUCCCUUUGAUUUAUGUACUUUUUUUGUGGAAAUACUGUGUAUUUUUGAAAUGAACUGUAGUAAAGUAUAAUAAACUUUUUCCGAAUUGU